AUGGCGGAACUACUCACUCAGCUACAGGAUAUGAUUAACGAAAUGGCCCAAUUGAUGUGUAAUUCGAUCGGCGUUCUCCAAGAUACAGCCCCGCAAUGUGAUCUUGGAUCGACUAAUAAUGAAAUUAUGACAGAAGCCAACUGCGAGCUUUUUGCGAAACACAUUGCACGAACCGCCAAAGAUAUUGAGACUCUGAUUGACUCUUUUCCAAGUGAGGGACUAUCAAUAGAAGAAAUCAACGAACAAAUGGCAAGAAAAGACUCAGAAAAGGCUAAAUUAAUGCGAGAACUCGAGACAUCGGUGACCGAGGGCGAACAAUUGUCGAAGCAAAUCGAGCAGAAAUUGGGUCUCAUCGCCACCGUUCAACUAGAAAGUCGGCCGCACAUC